GCUGCCAUUGUUUUCAUUCAGCAGAAAACACUGGACUAGACAGAAUGCCGGAGCAGAUGGGUGGAAAUGGCCGUCAUCCAUUGGAGGCCAAGGCUGUGGGUGUUUUACAGCAUGGAAAACUUAAGAUUAACAUUUUUUCGAUCCUAUGGUCUGACCACAACGAUAUACUGAUCUAUCGAAAGUAUGAAGAUUUCAAAAGCAUGAACAGAGAGCUAAAAAAGAAAUUUCCUCUUGAAUCUGGGCUGUUACGGAAAUCAGACAAUAUGAUCCCAAAACUAAAAGAUGUCCCUAUCUUUAGGAUGAACCGAAAUACCAGCCGCUUCAUCGAAAGACUGAGACUGCUAGAAAAUCAUUGCCAACGGCUCCUGACAACUGAUGAGAAAAUCUCCCAAUGUGAUGUGGUGAAGAACUUCUUCACACCCAGGAGCAGUGACCUCAACCCGAAUUUCCCCCAAAACAGCUUGAUGAUCAUGCCUUCAGAAGCAAGAGAACAACAGAGAGAGCGGCCCAAUUGGCUACCUAAACCUCCAGCCACGGAGCCCAUCGUGUCUCAGAUGUACCUGUGUGUUGAGGACCACGAGACCAAAGACACAAAGAACCGACCCUUCAAAGUGAAACGCAAUGAGCGCCUGGGUGUGCUGAUCAAGGAAAACUCUGGCUGGUGGCUGGUAGAAAAUGAAGAGAAGAGUUUGGCUUGGUUUCCAGCUCCGUUUCUCAAAGCUCUAGAGACAGAAGAUGACUUGGACUCGGGAACAGAUUCCGAUGAUGAAGGAAUACGGUACUAUUCGGCAAUGGCGUAUGAAGCUAUGAGCUGGGAUGAAGUUUCUAUCUCUCGAGGCGUUCUGGUAGAAGUCAUGGAGAAGUCUAACAAUGGAUGGUGGUUGAUAAGGUAUAAUGGAAAAACCGGCUUCGUUCCAGCUAUGUACCUAAAACCGUACCAAAACUGUCAUCAGCUCCAAUUCAUGAAGAAUCAAGGAAUUUUCCCAUCCACUUCAAAUAUGUUCAAAGCUUCCAGCCAGCUAGAGUUGAGCAGACCAACAGAGGCCUGGAGAGUGGACAAGGAACAUAAUAAGGCCAACACCGGAAGUCUAGAAAGGGCAAAGGCUCAGAAACUGGACAGGAAAAAAUCAAAGUCCAUUAGUGGCUUACCUUCAAGCCCAGCAUAUGGCUUUUACUCCAAUUCUCCUAAAUUAUUGCAAAGGGAUCAUGUACAUGAAGUAUUUCAAUCUUUAGAAAAAGCUAAGACACCAAUGCGCAAGAGUCAAACAAGGGAUGCCAUACGUAGGCCUUCUGCUGGCUCUAAAAUCCCACCUGAAAAACGACCCAAACCUCUUCUCCAAAGGCAGAUAUUAUGUGACCAGCAAGAUUUGCACAAGGAGAGUCUGAGCAAAACCGAGCCAAAGACUGGGCCGUCCAUUUCUCAAGUUCCCCAGACACCACUCAUGCCACAGAGACCCAAACCACAUGAGAUACUCAAAAAGUGUACCACUAUGACAAAGCAAGCUUUUGAGACGAGGGAAGCCAGUGCUCUGCAGGGCUAAAGGAGAAUAAUUUCUACAUUGUGAAUCCAUGGCUUUGUAUUGUUGCUUUAUUUAUUCAAUGUAUUUAUUAUAUUUUGCAUUUACUAUAUGUAAAUAUACAAAAUAAUGUGUCCAAUGGACAGCAGGUAGUCCGAAGGCAUGGCCAGAGGAAUUGGCCAUCCACCAGACCAUUUAGUCCUGGGUGUUAAUAAGUUGAAAAAAUCAAUGGGCCAGAUUCAGGUAGGGAGCGCGUAACUCUGUGCGGG